CCCAUAACUACUUACACCCAAAUUAAGCCCACCGAACAGUUAGCUCCAAGCCAUUUAUUUUUUCUCAACCACUUCCCGUCAACUUAAAGUUGCCCCUCCAAUCCUUUACAACAUUCACCUCCCCACAUUUACUCCUUUCCCUCACUCCCUACCAAAAUAAAAUCCACUCCAUAGUCCAUUCUCCAUGUCCACUCCACACACACAUAACAAGUGAACACAUUUUACUAUCAUACUUAAAAAAAAAUAAAAAAAAUGGCUAUAUCUUUCAAAUCCCACACCUUAGCCUGCAUUUGCAUUGCACCACUACUAAUCCUUUUCUGUUUCUCCACACCAAAACCAGCCAAUGCCAAUACAACACAAUUCAAAAAAAUCUACGCGUUUGGCGACUCGUACACCGACACAGGCAACACGCGGUCCAACACGGGCCCGAACGGGUUCAUGUUCGUCUCAAACCCCCCUUACGGGUCCACCUACUUCCGCCACCCCACCAACCGCUACUCGGACGGCCGCCUCGUCAUCGACUUCGUGGCCCACGCCCUCUCCCUCCCCUUCCUCCCGCCCUACCUCGACCGGGCCACGCGUGCCGGCCCAUCGGGCCUCAACUUCGCCGUGGCGGGGUCCACGGCCAUACCCCACUCCUUCUUCGUGAAGAACAACUUGACGCUCAACAUCACGCCCCAGUCGCUCGGGACACAGCUGGCGUGGUUCGAGAAGUUUCUAGAAGGAAAGGGGUGCAGGGACUCGUACAGCACGCCGACGGCAUGCGAGGGCGUGCUUGGGGAGGCGUUGAUUUGGGUCGGCGAAAUUGGGGCCAACGACUAUGCUUACAGCUUCGGGUCAACCGUGUCCUCCGAGACCGUGCAGCGGCUGGCCAUCAGCAGUGUCGAUGGCUUUCUGCAGGCAAUUCUAAAGAAAGGAGCAAAACAUGUGGUGGUCCAGGGCUUGCCCCCGACUGGAUGCCUCACCCUCUCAAUGUACCUAGCACCGCCCGAGGACCGGGAUUCCACGGGCUGCGUGGGGUCCGCAAACCGGCAAAGCCAGGCUCACAACACGGCCUUGAAAUCGAGACUCGACAUUCUUAGAAAACAGUUCCCGAAAUCCGUUAUAGCGUACGCCGAUUAUUACAGUGCGUAUGCGAACAUCGUGAAAAAUCCUAGGAAGUACGGAUUGACGGAGAUUUACAAGGCGUGUUGCGGGUACGGUGGUGGGGCCUACAACUUUGACUAUUUCCAUGCGUGCGGGUCUCCUUCAUCCGGUUCGUGUGCGGACCCUUCCAAGUUUGUCAACUGGGAUGGGGUUCACUUGACCGAGGCCAUGUAUAGGGCCGUGGCUGAUGCUUUCGUGAAUGGGUCCUAUUGCCAGCCCCAAUUUAGGGCCCUGUUGAGAUGAGGCCCAAUAUCGUUUGCUGCUCGAUCGAUCAAGAGAUUAAUUAUGUAAAAGAAAGUCAUGAUGCACUUUCUUGUUUUUGGUUCAGUUUUCAUGGGGCUUGAUGAGGAUUUUCUAUAGGUCCCCAUGAAUUGGCAUACAAGCUAGCAAUGCAAUUUUUUUUUUUUUUCUUUUUUUCUGUGGUUUUGAAAUAAAAAUCAACAUUUUCUAUUUCGAAUCUUAAUCUUGUUUAUGUUAAGAAAAAUUUCCCCUUAGACUGUCUAUAGCCUAUAAAGAGUGUGACAAUAACACAUGCAUCAUCCAUUAAUUAACAGAAACUUGUAUAAAAUUACUCACUCCAUAUUAUUGUAUUGAUGAUCCAAGAAAAAG